AUGCUUGUGCGACUUAUUUUAUAUUUCGGUUUCAUUGUUAUUUGUACAUAUGCACAACUCUUAGAAUGUCCACAUGAUUGGUAUGAAUUUCUCGGUACAGCAUCUUGUUAUCGAUUUGUCCGUUAUCCUAAAGGAACAUAUCAGAGUGCAAUUGAUCUUUGUCAAUCGAAUUUACUUAGUGUCGAAACAUUACCAGAACAUUUGUUUGUUCAAGAAUGGUUAAAUAACAAUGAUCCAUCCACACAAAAAUGGUUAACAAGUGGACGGCGAAAUGGGAUGCAAUGGCAAUGGUUCAAAAAUCAACAAAACAUUCCGUUUAUGUUUGAUCAAGGAUGGUUACCACGAACAGAAAAUGAUCGAUUAACUAGAUCUUAUUUAGUUUAUGCAUAUCAGAAUGGUCAAUGGGGUUGGCUUCCAUACGAUAUGGCACCAACAGAAACAUUAGCAUUUACAUGUGAAGUAUUGAUUCGUGAUACCUACGGUGUUUUGUCAAAUUAUCGUGGAAUAGAAUAUGGUUUACCAUCGAAUAUCGAGAGACGUUUUAUCCCUCGUGCACCAAAAUUUUAUGAACAACCGGCAGAUCAAGAAUUUGGACGUUUAGACAUAGUAACGUUUGGCAGUUCAUUUGGAAUGAAUAAAUAUAAUCUUGAAAUUGUUGUGACAUUGACGUGUCGAGCGGAUGCGUUUCCGAUACCCAACUAUCGGUGGUUCAAAAUGGGUACAGAUGGGCAAUUACUAGCUCAAGCAAUCGAAGUAAAUCUAACAAACCCACGAUAUUUUCAACACGGUGGUGCUUUGAUGAUUAAUUUUCCGGUCAGUGAUGAUAGUGGAACAUAUUUUUGUAAAGCAUGGAAUAAUUAUGGCACAGCUGUCAGUAAUAAAGUUAAUUUAAGAGAAAUAACACUUGGACAAUUUGAAAAACGAGAACGUCCAAAAGUUGUUGCUGAUGGUCAUCGUGAUGCUAUUAUCGAUUGUUUAUAUAAAAACACGAACACAGGCGAUCUCAAUUAUGCCUGGUUCAAAGGUGGUAUUAAUCAAAAAGUUCAACAAACGCGUGAACGUUUUAUAUCUCGUAACGGUAAUUUAUAUUUUUCACGUGUGACUGAUGGUGAUUCUGGCAAAUACUAUUGUGCUGUUCAAUCGGAUAAUCCACGUUUACGUUAUUUACCAUCUCAAACAAGUGAAGGAACAGAACUAGAAGUACGAUCGACAUUUGGUCAAGAACGUAGUCCACGUAUAUUUCCCAAUUUUCCACAUGUAUUUCCCACAACACGAUUACCUAAAUUAGGUGAAAAUGCAUCGAUUGAAUGUGUAGCUGAAGGUUAUCCAAUACCCGAAUAUCGUUGGUAUCGUGUCGAUGAAUUUGGACAAUUAUUACCGUUACAAUCUAAAGCUGUUCUUCUUAAUUAUAAUCGAGAAGUUAUCAUACCAAAUCUUCAACGAGAUGAUAUUGGUACAUAUCGUUGUGAAGUAACAAAUGUUCGAACAGUUAUUAGUGAAAAAGUAACAUUACAACUGCAAAUUGAUCCAAUAUUUGUUGUUCCAUUAGAAGAUCAAGUCUUAGAUAUUGGUACCACUCUAUCAUGGUAUUGUGAAGCUUAUCCAAAUGAUCAAAUUACCUAUAGUUGGUUUAGUAAUGGGACAGAAAUUGUCUGGUCUCGAAUAACGGCCGUGCUACAACAACGUGUAAGAAUCAAUAAUAAUUUAUUACAAAUUUUAAAUAUACAGCCAACUGAUAGUGGUGUUUAUCAAUGUGCAGCAACCAAUAUUCAAAAUAGUGUGACACGUUUUAGUACAGCUGAACUACGUGUUAUUCAAUUACCACCAACAUUUGGUAAAAAUCCAAUGUUACCAACAUUACGAUCGACCGUUGGAAGUCUUGUAACAAUUAUUUGUAAUCCAGAAGGUGCACCACGUCCACAAAUACAAUGGCUCAGAAAUAAUGUACAAUUUGCAUCUGGUGGAAAUGUUGUGAUAUAUCCAAAUGGAAAUUUGGCCAUCUCAAAUAUCCAAUUGACUGAUGCUGGAAACUAUACGUGUGUGGCAUCGAACCCAUUUGGUGUGUCACAAAUGAGUACGUAUUUAUAUGUAAUGGCUGAAGGUACAACCAUCAUCACGCCGCCUGGUGGACGCGAUGUAAUUAUUAAUCAAACAAUCGUAAUACCGUGCGAUGCUCGUAGUAUGAAUCAAAUGGAUUUAACAUUUUAUUGGCGUUUUAAUGGUGAAUUGUUAAAUAUUGACAAUAAAAGGUAUCGGCAAGAUAAUUUAGAUCGUCCAGGUGAUUUACGUAUUGUACGUGCACAAUAUUCAAAUGCUGGUAUCUAUACGUGUGUUGCAAUAACGACUGUUGAUGAAACAACAUCUAAAUAUCAAUUGAAUGUUUUUGGACCGCCAGGACCAAUGGCCGGUGUUCGUUGUUCACAAGCACAACAACGACAAGCUUUAUUAUCAUUUGUGGUUGGUACAGAUCAUGGUUCAACAAUUAUUUUUUAUACAGUUGAAGCAUUAACAAAUCAUCGCCCAUAUUGGUAUUCGUUGGCCAAUUAUACAAUAACAUUACCAGCGAAUCGUCUUGUACAAGUGCCAGUAAUGAAUCUUUCAGCAUUUACAGAUUAUCGUUUUCGUGUUUUUGGUACGAAUAUGUAUGGUUCCGGAGAAUAUUCUGAAGUUAGUCCACCAUGUGUCACACAGCCAGAUAUUCCCGGAGCCUAUCCAGCUCGUUUAGGAGGAGGCGGUGGCAAAGUGGGAGAUUUACGUGUUGUUUGGGAGCCAUUGCCAAUGGAUUUCUGGAAUGGACCAAAUUUACAAUACAGAAUCUAUGCUCGAAAAGAUAAAGAGAAUCAAGAAUUAGUUUUUAAUGUUUCAGAUCCAUUGAGAAAUUUUUAUAUAACACAUUUAGCCGAUAAAGCCAAUUAUCAAACAUACGUUAUAAGAAUAUCGGCUGUUAACGCUCUUGGUGAAGGUCCAGUAUCGCCUAGUGUUAUUAUCAAAUCAGCUGAGAACCGGCCGACGCGCCAAGUAAUGAAUGUUAAAUGUAGUGCAUAUAAUAGUACAGCAAUGACUGUCACAUGGGAUAUGAUUGAUGAAACUGAUAUAGGUGUAUUAAAUGGAAAACUUUUAGGGUAUAAUGUUCGCUAUUGGGCAGAAGGUUUAAUUGAAUUAGAAAAUUAUUGGGAUAGAAGAUUUCCUGGCCAACGUAGUCGUGCUAUUAUUAUAGGCCUUGAACCAAACACAGAAUAUAAAGUACGAGUUUUUGUUUAUACACAAUUUGGUGAUUCACCUGAAAGUAGUGAAUUUUCACAUCGUACAUUUCGUUUACCGCCCAUGACUCCACCACAAUAUGUUUCGAUUCGUCAGCCUAGACGAGAAAAAGAUCGACGUGUUAGAAUAUUAAAUGAUCUAUACAUGUAUAAACUAGAAGUAGAGUGGCGCGGAAUAUCGAAUACGGCUGAUGAAGAACCCAUUGAAGGUUAUAUGAUCAAAGUUUGGGAACAUUAUCAGAGUAUAAGAAAUGCCACUAUUUAUUAUACACCAGCAACAAAAUAUAAAUGGACAAUUGAAAAUUUAUAUAAAAAUCGAAAUUAUAAACUUCGUGUACAAGCAUACUCAUUGGGUGGUGAAGGCAAAUAUAGUUCACCAGAGAAAGAAUUUCGAUUUGAUAAUGAUGGUCGUUUAUUAAUAUUAUAUAAUCCAGAUACCAGUUUACUCUAUCAUAAUGCAGCAUCAUCUAUCAUUCGAACAAAAUUAUCAAUAUUUUUAAUUUUUGUUCUGUUUAAAUUGACUAUUAAUUUAUUGAAAUAA